GACUGGCAGAAAGCCUAGACUUAGAGACAAACUAGCACACACACAUAAUCUCCCUCCCAGCCGAACAUUGUGUGACUGAAGAUAGCGCACACACCAGAUCCCCUUUUCAGCUGAACAUGGUGUGACGACCAAGAACAGGCAUGGCAGGAUUCUACGAUGAAGGACAGACAACAGAGCCAAUGCCGGACGACUACACCCCAGCCUGAUCCAAUUCGAAGAUCCGAUCUCCUAGAAAUCAACCUACUUUCUGUUGUGUAUAUGAAGCUUGUACUCACUGUUAGCAAGUGCCUUUUUCUGCUAGUCUCUGAUGAGCAAACAGAGGAGCCCGUAUAUACGUGUACCAGAUAUCUUUACUCUGAAUAAACCUGUCGCUUGUCAUACAAUCUACCACCUUGUCUGAAUCGAUCCUUAACCGGCUCAUCCUUCUACAUAUCCUUUUAUCAACAAGUUGCACUAUCAAAAAGCCUGUGUGUGGGUGCUGUUACUCAUCUGUGUGAUGUGAUCAAUCUGUUUAUUCCAAUUCAGAAUGAAAAUUAUUUAUUGUAUUUUAACAGCAACAGUUCCAACCUAGACAGAUAUGUAAGAGUGUUUUUAAUGGGGGGAAAUAAACAUUAACAUAUAUUUAAUUUCAUUCUUAUUUAUUUUUUUGUGAAAUGUACUGAUAUUUAUGUAUAGUUGCAUAUUUUCCUAAGUUUGGGUCCCAGGAAAACACAUAAUUUCUCAUUUGGGUCCCAGGCUGAAAAAGUUUAAGAACCCCUGGUCUAGACUAGUCUAGCCUUCUCUGAAAAUAGGCUAAUAUGGGUAGUCAAUCAAAAAUAUUACUGAGUGAAGUAUGUUUCACUACAGAACAAUUAAGCUACUUUGAGGCUACUGUACUUGAUUGAAAAUUGAAGACAAGACUAGAUGGAAGACCAGACUGUAUCUAUACAGAAAAGUCCAGACUGUUCUCAUAGACUAGACGUAACAUAGUAAAAGUAAGACUAGAUGGAAGACCCGACUCUAUCUAUACAGACCCCACCCUUGUGUUGUAUGCUAAAUCAACGUGCCUACCGUUUCAAGUAAUUCAUUGCGGAGAGACUCAGAAAAGUAUGUGUCCGCUCGCGCUCUUUGCGGUCUUUUUAGGACAAUUCAUUUUUUCGGUGAAAGCUUCGACCCUUACCCACAAACCGAGAGUGACAUUGACAGACAAAGAUGUGAGCUUCCUAAGAAUCCACCUGUCUGGGAAUAACAGCCGUAUAGAGCUCCUGCAGGGCCCUCAGGACAACAUAGUAUAUGCUACAGACCACAUAAACCUGUUCCAGACAAACUUCAACAGUUCUAAGACCUCUAGAAUGCUAAGUCCUGUGUUUCGAGAGGAAUGUAGAAGUAAUGAUUCCACAUCACCAGACUGUCACUAUAACAUCACUGUUUUACACAAGACUAACGAUCCAAACCAACUGUUCCUGUGUGGAACCAAUGGACAACAACACACAUUGUGCUGUUACAUGAACCCAUCAGAUGACCCGUUUAACUGCACUCGAUCCAAGGCCAUCCAAAUCAUUCAACAACACAUAAAUGAAACAGAGCCAUCACUCCUCAUUGGUUCUCCUGAGGUAGAGCAGUUCUACACCACUCACUCAGGCACAGAGGGUUCCGUGGGGAUCAACAGGUUCGGGAAGAACAGACUAUGGACAGACAACAGUGGAACAGAACAGAGAUAUGUGAGUUUGGUGGCUAGCGGGCAGAGAGAGGAUCGUCUGCAGGACAGACUAUAUGCUUUCUACAUAGAGAAGAACCGACACCCGUGUUUGGACUCUGAUCUCUGGGUUCCCCGGGUUGCCCAAGUCUGCAUGGCCGAUCGUGGAGGACCUAAGGGUUAUCUGCAGUUCAGGUGGACCUCCAAGCUGAGUGCCAGGCUCUUCUGUGGAUACCAAGACAGCAGGCUGUACUUCACCCAGCUAGUGGACGUGAACACUGUUCUGGCAGAGAGGUGGCAGGAUACCAGGGUCUAUGCACUCUUCAGGAAUGGCUGGGGUAUGAGUGCUGUAUGUGUCUACACCGUAGAAGAUAUUGACCACAUCUUUAAAACCUCCAACUUCAAGGGACACACGGGGUCCAUCCCAAUCCCACGACCUGGGAAGUGUGUUGAAGACAGUACUAGACUCCCCAUGGAAGUCCUCAAAAUGGUGGACAAGGUUUCAGAGAUGGAGGAGUGUGUCACCAGUAAGCCUCUCCUGGUCACUCACCACUAUUACCACCACAUCCGCGUGGACAGAGUCCAAGGCAAAGGGAAUGUCCUGUUUCUGUCUCUAGGGAAUGGAGGGAUUCAUAAGGUUCUGGAGAGGGAUGGUCAUGCCUUCGUCAUCGCUGAGUUACAACCUUUUAACUACAGAGCACACAUCCUCAGUAUGAUGUUGCACUCCUCCACGGGGAAGCUGUAUGUGGCCUCCAGCAGAGAGCUGGUUCAGAUUGACCUGGGCAGCUGUGAGCAGUAUGGAGCCCAGUGUGAAGACUGUGUCCUGGCCAGAGACCCUUACUGUGGCUGGGAUGGCCAUCACUGCACCACAGCAACAAAUAAGACAAUUCAGGAUGUGGAGAACGGGAACCAUCAGGUAUGCAGCAACAUGUCCAGAGGAGGUACUGCAAGUAAAGUUUAUGUUCUAAGGUCAUCAGGUGGCGCUGCAGAUGGAAUCAGAGUUUCUCAAUCUUCAAAGUACUUCCUCCAUUGCCCAACCUUGUCCAGCCACGCUGAGUACAGCUGGAGGCACCAGGGCAACAACACAGCAACACCGUGCAUCUCCAGAGGGUCAGAGCACCAGUGUCUCCUGCUAAUAGAGAGCAUGGGCCCUGAGCAGCAGGGAACAUACAGCUGUGUGUCUGAGGAGAGGGGCUACCACAGGACCCUGGUGCAGUACCAGUUACAGCUGGACAGUGGGGCCUCAGGCCUGGCCUCUCACCACCUGCCCUGUCUUGGUCUGGGUCUGGUACUAACACUGGUCCUGACUUUGCUCUGCUAGCAUCAGCUCUAUGGACUCUCACCCCAGCCCUAUGACCAAGCUGACUUGACUUGGACAUCCCUGAACUUGUACUUUUGUCUUCCUUACACCCAAGCUACCUUAAGAAUAGUUCAUGACAGUCAAUGUCCGAGCCAUUUCGCUGAGCCGUUUCCUUUGUUACUUUCACAAUCAAUUGGUAAAAAAUAGAAUGUUGUAGAAGUUAAAGCUACUGCACUUUUGCGGAGUUAAGGAUUUAUUGGCCUUAUGCAUUUUAUAAUCAUGCUACGUUAUCCAAUAUGGAACUUUUCAGGGGUUUAAAAUAUUUAAUGUGAAAAUCUGAAUGUACAGUAUAUAUAGCAAAAGCAGACUUAAAUUUGUUACAUUUUAGAAAUCAAUGUUUUAAUGAACUCCUAACUUUCUUGCUAACAGCAUGAUGGUUGUAAAUAUAUACAGUACCAGUCAAAAGUUAGGACACACCUACUCAUUCAAGGGGUUUUCUUUAUUUUUACUAUUUUCUACAUUGUACAAUAAUAGUGAAAACAUCAAAACUAUGAAAUGACACAUUUGGAAUUAUGUAGUAACCUAAAAAGUGUAAAACAAAUAAACUCAGCAAAAAAAGAAACGCCCUCUCACUGUCAACUGUGAGAUGUGUGUAAAUACAUGUGUAAAUAUUGGUAUGAACAUAACAUUCAAUAAGAAGACAUAAACUGAACAAGUUCCACAGACAUGGGACUAACAGAAAUUG